ACGCAGUGUUAUUUCCCAUAGACAAUCGACGCCCGGAAGUUGGAUGGAUACGGAAGUUAUGGAGGCGGGACUUAUUCUGGAGAGGUCUAUGAUACAAGUGCACCACGAACAUAGGGCCUAAAUACCAAAUACCUUGAGUAGGCCUAUGCCAAAACCUGACACUUUUUAAUAUGCGCGUAGCAUAUCUUUGUAUGAUCGUGUGUGCGUGUUCCACUGCUUGCAGUUAGGCCUAUGAAAGAAGUCGUUUAAUCUACAUGAUGCAUUCAUGGUGCAAUUACAUGGUGCUUGCGACACUUGAUUUUUACUCUGAGGGAAAUGUUGACACCUCCAAUCAGGCUACUAACAGAGCCCGUCUGCAUAACUCGCGCUCUGCUUCCGCUUGCAAAGGUAUUUACGACCCUUGUAAUGUGAUUUUUUUUCUAAAAUACUGAAUUUUGCAUGCCAGUUAUAAAUAGUCCUGUCCAAUAUCAACAGUCCAAUUGGGUUAAUUGCUAAACCACACCCUCCAACCAGGCCUCAUGACAGGUUCCAGUCCAAUCCUCAGUGACCCUGCUUAAUUGCAAUUGAACACGAUCAGUCACACUUUAACAAGACCAUCCCCUCACAGAACCUAGAUCUUCUGACUAGUGAUCGUAAGGCAAUUUGGGUCAGACAUCAGUUUACAGGAGCUGGAACAAGGAAAACAACCAUGGCAGGAGGCAGAGGCAGAGGAAUGGCAGCCUUCUCCUUCAGGGUGGAGAACCUGGGCAUCACCAGGGGCAACAUGCCAGAUGGCAGAAAGGGGCCUAACCCACUUUACCCAAUGAUGGAGUAUAAACCUGUGGCGCUGGAGCUAAGCCAGAGUGAUGAUUACAUGCUCGCCCUGAAACAGGAGAUCAGGGGCACGAUGCGCAAGUUGCCAUGCUAUCUGAAGGCUAAUGUAGCCAAGUCAGAAGUGGAGAAGUAUAAAGAUAAGUAUGUAAGGGAAAGUCAAAAAAUUGAGGAUGAGGAGUGGACACCAGAUUGGGAACGUCUGCCAAAAGAAUUAAUGCCAAAGAAGAAUUUGGCAAAAAAGAAGUCAGUAUCAAAGAAGAAACCCAGAACACUAACCAGCUUGGAAAAAGACGGUUUGCUCUCAAAAUUAAGCGAGCUGGAGAAGACUGACAACGUAAACGCAGAUGAAGAAAAAGAAGAGGAGAAGGAAGAAAAAAAGAAAGGAGAAGAUGAUGCUGAAGAUGGAGAGGAAAUUGAAGGAGAGGAGUAUGAUGAUGAAGACCUUGAGGAGGAGAAUGACUACAUUGCCAGCUACUUUGAAGAUGGUGAUGACUUUGGAGCUGGCAGUGAUGACAACAUGGACGGUGAAGCUACAUAUUAAAGUAAUCAGUCAUGGUAUAUUUGUAAAUAUGUGUAUGAAUUGUCCUGAGGAGAAAGUAGUGCUGGUUAAUUAUUCCAUCGUUUAAUGCAAAAUUAAUUAUGAAUAAAUACUAAAUGGA